ACACCCAAAGGUGACAGGAGUGACGUCACGGCCAUGCGCGCUGCUCCUCGUCUCGGGCCAAAGCCAAGGGACCUCAGCAGAGCCUUCCCUCCCUCCCUCUGAGUGAGUGAGUGAGGACAUCCAACGGAUCCAUCCUCUAUGAGAAGGACGUGGCCAGUAAGAGGAGCAUCGCCACCAAGACGAGGGCAGAUAGGAGUGAGAGAAAUCCUUCUCCGAAGAACCGACUCGUGCUCCUGCUCCUCCUUCUCCUCCUUCGGGGUUCCUUCUCGUCCGCCUGCAUUGACUGCCUUUUCCUCCGCGACGUGAGGUGACAGCUGGAACGCCUUUGCUCGCUGGAAACUUAUUUCUCUCGUUUCCCCCCUUCCUCCUUGGCUGGGAAGGCCAUGGUGUGGAAGUUGGAGUGAUUUCGUCGCUGAUGUUCUGGCACAGGCUGGUAAAAGAAAGUCGAAACUCAGCCCUCUAUAUGUGAGAGUCAGGAUGCCAGGAUUGCUAACAUUGUCAUGGCUUUUUGUUGGAGCGCUCCUAGGGGUGCUCCUGACGACCCCCCAGGCAUUGGCACGGGAGGUUGUCAGGCUUGAAGAAUCUAGUAAGGCCCCCACAACUUAUAUGAAAAAGUUCAUCAUGCCUGGAGUCACUCCUAGACAGGCUGAUGCAUACCUCUGUACAGCAAUGGCAUUGAAUGAGACUGUUGAGGAGUGGGUUAUCAGAUUUGACCCCCUUGCUUCAGCAAACCGAGCUCAUCACAUGCUUCUCUUUGGAUGUACUGAUGUCCCGCAAGACUACUUGCAACAAGGCUCAUGGGACUGUGGUCAUCAUGGUGUCUGCACAGGUGGUAGAAUAAUGUUUGCUUGGGCAAAGAAUGCACCAGCCACUAGUUUACCAAAGGAUGUUGGGUUCCGCAUAGGAGGUCAGACUGGUAUUAAGUACCUCACAUUGCAAAUCCACUACGCGAGUGCAAUGCAAGAGGGACAGCAAGAUCACUCGGGCUUGCAGAUGGAAGUUACAAGAGAACAGCAAAAAUACAAAGCUGGGAUAUAUUUGCUAGGCUCACCCUAUUCAGACAUUCCUCCUCAUAGAGAAAAAACACAUGCAGAUAUGAACUGCAUAAUUGGAGAGACAGGGGAGCCAAGAGAUAUACAUAUCUUUGCAUACCGCGCCCAUGCACACAAAUUAGGAAGUGUUAUCACUGGGUAUAUGUUUGACCCUGAUACACAAGAAUACACAGAGAUUGCAAAGGGGAACCCACACUGGCCCCAAGCAUUCUACCCAAUGUCCCAGGUGUAUCAUGUCAGCACAGACAAGAUUCUACAUGCCCGUUGCACCUGGAAUUCGACCAAUUGUAAAACUCACACAUACAUAGGCCAGACCUCUGGAGAUGAGAUGUGCAACCUUUACCUCAUGUAUUACACGGACCGCGAGCAAGGCUCAGAGACAGGAGGCUGCUGGACUGAGUCUUUCCCAGUCAUCACACAGAAUCUCCCAGCUGACAGUGAUGUCCCAUUGCCACCAAACCCUGAACUUGAAGAGCAUGCUCAGGGCGAGAACCUGCACAGAGAACAAGCAAUCACAUAUAGUUCCCUCUUGAAAAAACCUAUCGAGAAUGAAAAGAAAGCCUACAAAAACUCUGAAAACACCUACCAGAAGCCUAAGCCGGUGCCAUAUGACUAUGAUAAUGUGAUGACACCUGGCAGACAGAUACCAAAGGACAACAUCAAGCCUUCCUUGGUUGAGGCUCCACGGAAGGGAAAGCAACUUAAGUUCUCAGCUUAUCGCAUGAUCCCAAAUUGGGGCCAGAAAGAUAUUGUCUACGGGCAAGUGGUAGCAGUCGCCCUUGACUCCAAGGGAGACGUUGUGGUCUUCCAUCGAGGAGAACGUCGUUGGGAUGGCUCAACAUUUAUCCAGGACACGUUACGAGACCAGGAACAUCCCAUAACAGAACCUACACUCCUUCACCUACACAAGGAAAAUGGGCAGAUUAUAGACAAGUGGGGAGAAAACUUUUUCUUUAUGCCACAUGGACUAACUCUUGACAAGGAUGAUAACAUCUGGGUAACAGAUGUGGGACUUCACCAGGUGCUCAAAUUCCCUCGAGGCUUUGGCAAUGGCAAACCUCUCCUGGCGCUUGGCACAAAGGAAAAGAAGAUUUUCUUACGUCAAAGGCUAAACUUUGAGUCACUUGAGAGUGCAAAGUUUCUAGGGAUCAGGCAAUCAUACCUGCUUGCUAUUAACAUUUUGUUUAGACCUCUUCGACAGAAAAAAGUAUUUUACAUCCAUCAAAAUCCUUAUGUCUGGGGUAAUUGUUUACAGGAACAAGCAAUCACAUAUAGUUCCCUCUUGAAAAAACCUAUCGAGAAUGAAAAGAAAGCCUACAAAAACUCUGAAAACACCUACCAGAAGCCUAAGCCGGUGCCAUAUGACUAUGAUAAUGUGAUGACACCUGGCAGACAGAUACCAAAGGACAACAUCAAGCCUUCCUUGGUUGAGGCUCCACGGAAGGGAAAGCAACUUAAGUUCUCAGCUUAUCGCAUGAUCCCAAAUUGGGGCCAGAAAGAUAUUGUCUACGGGCAAGUGGUAGCAGUCGCCCUUGACUCCAAGGGAGACGUUGUGGUCUUCCAUCGAGGAGAACGUCGUUGGGAUGGCUCAACAUUUAUCCAGGACACGUUACGAGACCAGGAACAUCCCAUAACAGAACCUACACUCCUUCACCUACACAAGGAAAAUGGGCAGAUUAUAGACAAGUGGGGAGAAAACUUUUUCUUUAUGCCACAUGGACUAACUCUUGACAAGGAUGAUAACAUCUGGGUAACAGAUGUGGGACUUCACCAGGUGCUCAAAUUCCCUCGAGGCUUUGGCAAUGGCAAACCUCUCCUGGCGCUUGGCACAAAAUUCCAGCCAGGCAAUGAUGCAAUGCACUUCUGCAAGCCGACAGGAGUUGCUGUCUUGAGUACGGGAGAGUUCUUUGUAUCGGAUGGUUACUGCAACUCUCGUAUAAUCAAGUAUUCAGCUAAUGGAGAGAUUCUUUUCCAAUUUGGAAAGCAAACCCACACACUUGCAGGCCUUGGCAUCAGUUCUCCACCCCCUGGUUCAUUCAGCAUUCCACAUGCCUUAACCCUCGCAGAGGACCAGGGAGAGGUGUGUGUUGCAGACCGAGAGAAUGGCCGGAUUCAGUGUUUCACUAUUGAACAGGGUCAGUUUGCAAGGCAGUUCCAGUUUGACGGUUGGGGCAGUCGACUCUUCUCCAUGAGUUACACUCCAGCUCUAGGUGGGAAAUUGUUUGCAGUAAAUGGUCCAGGACUGUUUCCUUCCAAACAAGUGGCAGCUUUUGAAGUAAACUACACAUCUGGUGAACUACAGGGUGCCUUUAGUCCAAACAACCAGGGCAUGAGUAACCCUCAUGACAUCGUAGUUUCACAUGAUGGUAUUGAUGUGUAUGUUGCUGAGAUUGGACCCAAUAAACUGUGGAAGUUUGAGCUUGAAUCAGCUAUAAAGGCAGCGACCAAGGUCCAAAACAAGUCGCAGGUUGUAAAAUCUGAUCCUGGUGUUUCAAAUAAGUUGACAGGAAAUUCAGUUCCAACAAAGACAAGGGUCCCAUUCACUAGUCGGUGGUCAACCAUAGUGUUAGGACUUCUUGCUGUUCCUGUCAUAGUGUUGACAACACUCACCCUCAUCAUACGAGCAAGUAGAAGCGGACGGUUACAUGUUAGGCACUUAAAGAAUGGAUCUUUGUCUUCAUCAGUGCUUGGAAUUAAAGGGAAACACGAAAAUGGCUUGAAUUUGGGCUCUCUACUCAACAAACAUCACGGUUUUGAAAAGGUUGCAACGGAAGAUCUGGAUCAUGAUGCUCCAGACUCAGAUGAUUCAGAUGUAGAAGAGUUUUCACAAGUUGCAACAAGAGCAUGAGAGAGAUACAACAAAAAUUAUUUAAGUAAUUUGUAUUUAUGAUAUCAGUCAAAUGUAGUCUUAUUUGGGGUAAAGGUGAAUUGUUUUAUUUCAUAUGAUGAUGUUCUUGUAUUGGAAGGAACAUAUGUUUUUUGGGGUGGAUGGGAAAGAAUUCGUGUGACAGUUGUAAUAAACUAAUUUAAUAACAGCAGUUCUUCAUUCAUAUUUAGUAUUACUUGAAUAUAAUGUUUUGUUUUGUGUCUGUCUUCGUGAUUACCAAUAUAUGAACAUGGUAAGUCAUUCAUAUUGUGGCUGGAAAGUUAUGAUUUUAGUCAGUUAUUUUGAAUUCAGAUACAGGUUUUAUGGUUGUGUUUUAAAAUUUUGUACUUCAGACUUAUGAAGGGAAUGCUAUAUAAACAGAAACAUAUUUUUUUGUUUUGUAUUGCUGUAAUAUUUUGAUUUGAAACUUUCAUGUUUUAUGGUUAUAUUCAGAUUAUAUCACAGCAGUAGUAAAACCUUGCAGGGAAAUUUUUUAUUAUAUUUUAUAUAGUUAGAUAUAUCACUUUUCUUGAGUGAGAUUAUAGAGGUAUUCUGGCUAAGAAGGUAAAUGGUUACCAGUAUGCCUUAUUUAAAUGUUUUCUUACUCUGAAUAUUUGUGAUGUAUAUGAUAAUUUUACCUUCUAUAAGUACUUAGAAAGGAAUUUUUUUUUUUUUUACUAUUUUAGAUACAGGUAUAUGGUCAUUAUUAGUAAUAAUGGCCAAUAUAUGUAAACAACUAAACCAUGAAUUAUAUAUUUAUUACAGAUAUGUUCUUUUGUAAAAUGAAUCAUUUAUGAUACUAUAAUUUAUAUUUAAAGUCAUAUAUGAUUUUACUGAAUCACUCUGCCAUAUUACAUAAUUAGCCAAGUAGCAUGUAUAACAAAUCAUAUAAAUGAUACAUAGAAUCAAGAUGAAUUUUCGAGCCAUGUUACCAGUUUUGCACAGACUACUGAAUACCACAGACGACUAUCAGUAUCCAUGCUCUGUGCUAAGUGGUACACUUUAAUGAAGUGCCACUUCCUCCACUUUUAUAGAGAAACUAGUGCCCCAAGUACCAUACAGGUUCCAACACAUACAUCCAUCCAUUUCAUUCCUUGAACAGCAAUGUCAGUAUUUAACAAGAAACAGUAUACUCCUCCUCCUCCUUCGCCAGCUUUGUAUUUCUACAUAGUUGUACUCUCCUUUUUAAAGCAUAACAUCCCCAACUUCCUUGUGCUACUGGGUAACACAGCUAAUGUACUGUGGUUGUGAGGCCUCACUUCCCUUUGAUGUCUUAUGCAAGGCAUCUUCACUCGCUUUCUUUUUUAAGCUGGAAUAAACAUAAUAUAAAGAAGACAGAUGUUAAUGGCCUCGGCCUGGAGAACAGUAUUGCAAAAUGCACAUUGCAAGUGCUUGCAGAUGUAUAUAGUUUCUGUAUUCAUAGUAACAAAUGUGGAAAAAGGUAUGAAUGAGUGUGAAUAAUUAAAAAAUGUCAGAUUAAUUUACUUUGCUUGUCAGCUAUACACUGUUCAUUAGAAAUGUAUUACAUAUUUCUGAUCAUGAUUGUAUGAUCAAAACAUCAGCUAAUAUAUCUUGUUUUGUGGAAGUAUUCAUACUCUCAUAUCGUUCUCAGCAUAGUUUCUAAAGUUUCCUAUGAUCAAGAACUUCUUGUUUUUCAUUCCUUCUUUUCUUUUUCUUUUUUGUAAGCAUAUUUUAAUUUCAGAGAGUAGGAACCAUGCAUGUAUAGGUGACUCAGUAGAAACUCACUAACUCAGGCAAACAUGUCUGCACUGUAACUAAACAUUUUUAUAAGCAGCUUUACCUACAGAAGCUCAGUCUGGAAUCCAGAUGUGCUUGUUUAUAAUAUUCUACGCUUUCAAAUAGAAAUUCACGCCAAGCUGUUUCUGAAUGAAGAAUUUUGAUAUAUUUGGUUUGUUAUUCCAUACUAAAAGAUAUAUAGUACAACUUACAGUACCUAAAGUAUUUCAUGAUGGAACCAUAGUUGCACCGAAGAAUAUUGAUAGUGAGACAAAAUACAUAGAAUUCAAAUAUCAGGAUAUCAUUUUCAUACACAAAAACAUACCAUUAAGCACAAAUUUAUGGCUCAAAAAAAAAGAAAGAAAAGUGAUAAUUUUCUGUAA